AAAAAUGUCAGGUAUCAACAUAAACAUCAAUCUAAAUCUAGAAAAGAAUAAGUAGAGUUACAUUUAUAAACUAGAGAGCUGUUAAAAGCAAGGGAGAGAAACUAUGUGAUGGAGAACCAAAAAAGAAGAAGAAGAAAUAGAGUAAAUAAAAAUAAAAUAGUCAAUCUCCUCUUCCUUGGGGAUUGAAUUAAGAGAGACUUAAAAAUUAUAUUUUUGCAUAAUUAGCUAAGAGAGAUAAUCUAAUGUAUCAAUAAUAAAUGAGAAAAAAUAAAGUAGAAGAAUCAAAAUAAGAUCGUCGAGAAAUUUUGGGAGUCUCAUUUUUGAAUCAUAUGCCUAAAAAGAAAAUUAAAUAAAUCAUAAAUAGUAUAUAUGAUCAAUUUGAUAUUUAGAAUCAAAACUCAACGAAGGCGACGAACAAAUAUAUUAUUAACCUAAAUUUAAUGAACAAUAAUUACAUGAAAUUAGAAUGUAUAAAGAAUGGAAGAGAAGAUAAGUUUAAUUUUAAUUGUAAUUUAAAAAAUAGCAAGAAUUAGAGAGAUAAAAUAAAAUUUAAUAAAAUUUGUAAAAUUUGAAUGAAUAUAUUAAAUGUAAUUUAUAAUAUACAAUUAGAUCGAAAUCAUACAACAUCAGUACAUUAAAAAAAAUCAGUAUCGUUUCAUAAAAAGUAAAGAACUAAAUCAUCUAUGGCAGAAAAGAGAAAAGAAUUAAUUAUUAAAUAUUAGAAUUUAGCAGAUAGAUAUGCCUAAAUCAAUGGAGAACCAAGAGAUAAUUAGAGUUGUUUUGGUUUAGUCUUGGAUAGUGAUUAAGAGGGCAUUUCUUAAAUGGAUUCAAUACAUAAAAGUACUAAAAGAUAAAAUGUUAUAUCCGAACCAUCAUUAGAUGAAGAUGAAGAAUAAUAAAUAUAAGAAUUGGGAAAUCUUGAAAAAGAAAUGGCUUAAAUUAUUAAGGCAGUUAUAAUCAUUUAGAAGUUUUGGAGAGGUUACAAAACAAGAUAAAUCUUAUUAUAUUAUAAGAACUAUAAUGAUGAUGAAAAUGAAAUCAAAUUAGAUCAAUUAACUCCUAAUUUGAGUGAAAGAUAAUCCUAAUAAGAACCUAUAUGUUAAUCAAUUUAAAUUGGUAAGGAAUAAAGUGGAUUAAAAUCAUCUUAAAAAAAAAGAGAAAAAAAUGGUUUCAAUACUUUCACUGGUUAUUUAGAUUGGGAUGAUGAAAAUGAAGAUCAUUUCAAUUCAUAGAAAGUUUCAUCUAUUAAAAAAAUAUCUUAAUAGAAAUCACUUCAUAAAAUAAUAAUUGAAUAAUAAAAAUAAUAAUGGCAUUAAAUGUUAGAACAUAUAUCAUAAUUAUAAAGAAAGGGUUCAAAAUAAAAUAUUAAUGAUGUUUUAUAAGACUUAAAGACAUUUACUAUGUAAUUUACAAAAGAGAUUGAAAUAUAAAUUAAUAAUGAAGAUAAUUUAGAAAAGGUUGGUAUAUAAAAAUCAGUAGAGAUGAGUGAAAUUAGAUAAGUUAUGGGAUCUGAGAAUUUGGUUAAAUUAUCAUAAACAUCAUCUCCUGCUAAUAAAGAUGCUUCUUUAUUUGAUUAAAAUCCAUUUUAUGAUUUUGCAUCAAAAAAGUUUAGAGAACUUCUCAAUAGAGAAAAUAUGAAUAAAUUAAUAAAAAUGAGAGAAACUGCUAUAACAGAGAGACAUAAAAAUGAAAUGAAAAAUAUUAAUGAAGCUUUUUAAUAAAAAUAAAUUAGUCCAAAAACUUUUGAAAAAUAAAAAUUUAAGAUAGAAAAGUGGGUUACAAAAGAAAAAGAAGAUUUUAAAUAACAAAAAUCAAAUAUUGAAAAUGGUUGGAAAGGUUUAUAUGAAACAUUUAUGAGAACUUAAAAGGAUUUAUUAUUUAUGUCUAAAUUAAAAAAUUAACAAUUAACUUCAUCAUUUUCAAGUGAAAAUGUAAGUAAUUUAAGAUUGAUAAGAGAAAUUAAUUCAGAAUCAUAAUCAAAAAUAGUUAAAACAAAUAAUUUUGAUACAGUGACUAUGAAUUUUAGUUCAUCUAUUUGUGAAUCAUAAGAUAUAAGAAAGGUUCCAAAAACAUCUCCAUCUCCAUCUCCUAGAUAGUAAUAUAAUCAAUAAUAAAUAUAUGAAAAUUUAGAAUGGGAUGAUGAAAUGUUAUAUAAUAGUGAUAAUUUAGAUUGUGGGAAAAUCUAAUAAUCAUAAGUUAUUAAAGUUUCUACAUUAAUUCAUUAAGAACCUGAAUAUAAUGAUUCUUAAAUAUAAUCAUAUGCUAUUCUAAUUGCCAAUUCUAUCAUAGGAAAUGAAAUUCAAGAUAUGUAUGAGGAAUUAAAGUUAUUAAAUAAGGAUAUAACGACAUUAAUAAAAUUCCAAUAAAAUAAAGGAAUCAAGACAAAUAUUCAAUAAGUUAAAACUUAUUUAAGUAGAUUAGAAAAAUUCUUGUUAUAACCAGAUAAAUCAGAAGCAUUGAUAUAAAGAAUUAAUAUUCCUUUAGGUCCAACUCCAAAAGAAAUCUUAAAAUUUUUUAAUUAUUAUGAUGAUGAAGAUGACUAUUAAUCAAGUGAACAUGAUGAUUAUUCAAAUUAAGCAAUAUUAUCAACAGAAUAAUAUGCUUAAUUAGAGAAUUAACUUAUGGAAGAAGAAUAAAUUCCUUCAGAUGAUGGAUUUUUAUUGGAAUUAGAACAUAUUCACAAUAAAGUGUUAUAUGAUGCAUUAAACGAAGCUUUAGAUUAUUAUAGACCAUUUGGAUUAAAUGGAUAUCCUUUACCUUGGGUUAAAUAACCUUUAGAAUUAAUAUAAAGGUAUAUAUAUAAGUUUAUUAUUUUUAUAGAAACAGAAAAUCAGAAAUUCUAUAAGAAAUACUAUAAGGAGCUAUAAAAUAAGUUACUGAUUGGGCAUCAUAUUUAGUUGGAUUAAUAAUUGAUAAACCAGAUUCUCCUUUUCCAAAAAUUCUAAUGUUGGAUUAAGAAUAUUUAAAUUAAAUUAAAGAAGAAAGAAUGAUAAGAAUGCUUAAUUAAGAAGUAUUAUUUUUAAUAAUAAAUAAAAGAUAUAUCAAAAUGAAGAAAGAUGGUUAAUGUAUGAUGAAGUAUAAUCUGAAAUCUUAGUUGAAAUUUCAUAAAUGAUUUAAGAAUACUUAAUUGAUGAAUCUUUAAAAGAACUAUUACAAUUUUAAUGA